UACGUGCAGCUGUAAGAUUCUUGGUCGGUUCUUCUUCCACUUUCAGCACAUCCAAACACAUAUUCAUUCCAGGAAAACAAAAAAGCAACAAUUUUCUCUCAGUUUCUCUCUUGAUUAUCCCGGAAAGUCAGCUGGAAGUCUGAAGGUUUUUGAAGAAAGCAAGUUCCCAGAUAGGUCUUCUCACCAAAUUCUCUGAUUUGUUAUUCUUAACACAAGUAAGAACUUUGGUUUGUAAAAGAGUUGUUUGUAGCUGGUUUAGGAUUAGUUUCUCUCCCUCUCUCUGAAUUGGGAUUUGCUCUUAUCCUGGAUUAGAAGCAACAAAUCCUGAUUUGGAGGGAAGACAAUUUUUUAUUUCUUUGUGCUUUUUAAUUCAUGGGUGAUUCCUGUUCUUACUAUAUCUAUUGUUGGAGACAACUCAUUUGAGUUCUGGAGUCAAAUUAGGGUUUUGUAGGUCAUUCCCCCAUAAUUCACUCCUGGUUGGAGCUUCAAUCAGAAUAGAUCACUGGGUUCUGGUUGAUAGUUCUGUUUAAUUGGAUUGGAUUGGGUAUGGUAAAGUAGGAGUUUGAAUCUCUUUUCCUCUUAAUUCACUCUUUUUUAAGGUUUUAUGUUGAAUUGGUUUAUGGGUGUGGAUGGGUUUUGUUGUGUAACUCCUUGAGUUUCAAUAUCAGGUUUUAUGUUUGUAUUGUGAGGGUUUAGAUUUGAAGUGAAGUUAUAUUGUUAGUGAUUUUGGUUGAGGUUUUGUGUUCGAUCAUAUUGUUGGCGCUGAAGAUGGGGAAACAAGCUGGGAAAAAGAAGCGGGUGGGAGCGAAAUCGGGCGAUUCAAGUGUAAAGCAAACCAAAUUUGGGGAUAAUGGCGUAAAAUUAUAUGACAAUGACACAGCAGUGUUCAUGGCUAUGUCGCGGGAAUUGAAGGAGGAGGGCAAUAAGUUGUUUCAGAGGAGAGACCAUGAAGGAGCCAUGUUGAAAUAUGAGAAAGGUAUCAAAUUGCUUCCGAGAAACCACAUUGAUGUAUCCCAUCUCCGGAGUAAUAUGGCUGCGUGUUAUAUGCAGAUGGGUCUCAGUGAGUACCCCCGGGCUAUUCAUGAGUGCAAUUUGGCUCUUGAAGUCACACCGAAGUAUAGUAAAGCGCUCUUGAAGAGAGCUAGGUGUUAUGAGGCUUUAAAUAGGCUGGAUUUGGCACUGAGAGAUGUCAAUACAGUAUUGAAAAUGGAGCCAAAUAAUCUCAUGGCAACCGAGAUUGUGGAAAGGGUGAAAACAACAAUUGAGAAAAAUGGCGAUGGUGCAAGUGAUAAAGUGAUUGAUUUGAUUCCGGAAUGUGCUGAACCAUCAAAUGCUGCAUCUCCUCCCAAAGUAUCAAACGAGAAGCCUCGAAAGAAGAAGAGCAACAAAAUAGAGGAGAAAAAAGACAAGGAAAUUAUUGUGGAGAUGGAUGAUGAAAUAGAGAAGAAUAUAGCUGAGGAAGAAAUAGAAAAGAAGCAAGCUGAGGAUAAAUUGGUUGUGGAGGAGGAAAUAAGUGACGUUAAGGAGGAAGAGCCUAAGAGGACAGUCAAAUUGGUGUUUGGGGAGGAUAUAAGGUGCACCCAGUUGCCUGUUAAUUGCGGCAUUUUAAAACUGAGGGAGGUUAUACGUGAUCGGUUUCCAAGCUCAAAAGCUGUUCUUGUUAAAUACAGGGACCAAGAAGGGGAUUUGGUCACAAUCACUACGAAUGAAGAAUUGAGGUUGGCUGAAGCUCCAUCUGAACAACAGGGUUCUGUCAGGCUAUAUAUAGUUGAAGUUAGUCCAGAGCAAGAUCCAUUCUUUGAGAAGGUUAAAAGAGAAGACGAAGUGCACAAGCUUCAUUUAAAGCAAAAUCAUGUUAUGGAGAAUGGGAAUGUAGGAAAAGAUAAGGAAACGGAGAAGGGGCCAGCUUGCAUCGAUGACUGGAUUAUCCAGUUUGCUCAGUUGUUCAAAAACUAUGUCGGGUUCAAUUCUGAUGCAUAUUUGGAUAUUCAUGAACUCGGGAUGAAGCUUUACUCUGAGGCUCUGGAGGAGACAAUUACAAGUGAAGAAGCACAAGACCUUUUGAACACGGCAGCAGAAAAGUUCCAGGAGAUGGCAGCUUUGGCCCUGUUCAAUUGGGGAAACGUUCAUAUGUCCAGGGCAAGGAAGAGGGUGUACCUCACAGAAGAUGCUUCAAGAGAAUCUGUUCUUGCACAGAUCAAAACCGCAUAUGACUGGGCACUAAAGGAAUAUUUGACAGCAGGAAGAAGAUAUGAAGAAGCACUGAAAAUUAAACCAGAUUUCUACGAAGGCCAUCUAGCUCUAGGGCAGCUGCAGUUCGAGCAGGCAAAACUCCAGUGGUACUAUGCAAUCAGCAGCAACGUUGAUAUGGAAACAUGGUCUUCUACUGAGGUUCUACAGCUUUAUAAUGAUGCAGAGGACAACAUGGAAAAAGGCAUGCAGAUGUGGGAGGAAUCAGAAGAAAAGCGUCUGAAUGAACUCUCUAAGCCAAAUAAGGUCAAAACCUUGUUGCAGAAAUUGGGUUUGGAUGGAUUAUUUAGCGAUAUAUCUGCAAAUGAAGCAGCAGAGCAGGCUGCAAACAUGAGGUCUCAGAUAAACGUUUUGUGGGGUACCAUGCUCUAUGAACGGUCAAUAAUGGAAUAUAAACUAGAGUUACCAGUCUGGCAAGAAUGUUUGGAGGUCGCAGUUGAAAAGUUUGAACUUGCUGGAGCUUCUCCAACGGAUAUAGCUGUUAUGAUUAAAAACCAUUGUUCCAAUGAUACUGCACUGGAAGGCUUAGGGUUCAAUAUUGAUGAAAUAGUACAGGCGUGGAACGAGAUGGGUGAAGCAAAAAGGUUGCAGAGUGGUGUGCCCUCUUUCCGAUUAGAACCACUGCUUCGCCGCCGCGGUUCAAAACUCUAUAAUGUCCUGGAGCAUGUGGGAGUCGCUUGUUGAUUGUACUUAUAGUAAAAGGGAAAACAAUUACUAUAGGUGCUGCAUUACCCGGGACUCAUAUAUCCAUUUAUACCACGUUUUCAUGCUGAUUCAGCUCUUAGUUUAUAGCUUUGGAGUUCUACUUGCAGAAGGGGAAAAAAAUUUAAAAAGAAAAAGAAUAAAGAAAAAGAAAAAAAAAAAAUUAGAGUUGCUGGUUUUGCAAUUGUGGUGUUUGUAAAUUAUAUGCUGACAAAACAAGUUCUACCAUUUCUUUCCACCUGGGGACAAGAUGAAGAGCAGGAAUUCCCUUUUUUGUUCGUUUCUGCUUUUACCCACAUCACUUUCCCAUUUUUACUAGUUUCGGACAGUUAGCAGGAGAAUUUACUUGUACUUUAUAGUUUAUACCAUUUGAUUUAAGCUCUCUGUUUUGUAACUUUUUACACAAUUUCAUGUUCAAUUUAUUAGUGUCUUUGAAAACGAUUUUUGUAUUGGAUCUUAUUUGUAUUUGUUUGUCAUAUAUUCUGCAAAUUGAAUCGUAUAAGAAGAGAACCUUCUUUCAUAA